AUGUCUUCAGAUCAAAUAGACCACGCAAAGGUGGUCUCGGAGCUCUUUCGCCAUAUCACUGCACACACAUCCUACGAGAAGCUCAAGGGCAUUUUUGACCAAAAUGCUGAGCUCCGCGGCAAAGUCAAAAAGCUCACAACAACUCUUGAGGUGAACCUCGAGAGCCUGCACAACGCCAAAGCGAAACUGGACAAGUCAUGCCAAGAGCUGCAAAAGAAAGACGAACAAGUCCAGUCUCUUCAGAAGGAGGCCGACCACCUUGGUUCAAUACUCACCGCCAAGACACAUGAGCUCAAAGCAGGGGCCCAAAACAUAACCAAAACUGAAGACGCAUUGAAAAGGGCGGAACUCGAAAUCGAGGACCUCAGAAAAAGUCUCGAGGAGGAACGCAAAAAGACCCAAGACAGGGAAGCCAUUGAGCAAGAAUUGGAGUUGACCAGACACGACUUGGAUCAUUACAGGCAAGAGAUCAAGAAAUUGGAAAAUUUCUCGGUGCCGUUGAAACCUGCAUGUACAAGAGUGGAAGAGAUAACCUCUCGCUUCAACAAGAUUUUCGACCUCGCUUGCGAUCUAGCCAAGGAAUUCUUUGGGGCAGACCUUCCUGAGUCUUCCUUAGCCAACGCUACACUGUGGGAUCAACUGAAGAAGCACAACAUUGUUCACCAAGCACGGAUUCCAUUACCCUUAUCCAAUACUGCCGCCGCCAAGCAAAUGCGCAGCGUCGCUGCUCUCGCUGUCCUCUAUGCUGAGCUAAAGAAGCAUGUCUUUCAGCCGACGUAUCUGUUCGAGGACCCCCGUGCCAACGACGAGUUUAGCAGGUUGCUCAGCACCAUGGAUCCCGCUAAAGAGGCCUAUCUGCGCUCUGUGCUCCUGGGCUCCAUUGAUAAGGGCGUGUGGAAGGAGAAGGUCAAGGCCAAGAUAGAGACACUGAAAGCCAGUGUGGAUGACUGCAUCGGGCCGUUGUUGUCACAGUCAGAACGAAAUCGUUUCAAGGACCAUCUGGACCGCUUCUGCAAGAAGGCUUGUCACCAUUGGCAUUACUUGCAGAAGCUGGAGGACAGGGUACAUUACUCGACUCAAGAUUGGGUAGUAGCGGGCUCCGAAGCCUAUCGGCUGCUUCCGUUGUCAACCAUGGUCGUGGUGAGCGAGGAGCUGCCCGAUGAGACGUAUCCGGGUGAAUAUCCUGACAGCCCCAGACAAAACUAUUCGCUUAUGGGAAACGGGCAGUCAUCCCCCGUCAUGUCUUGCUCAAAUGUCACCUUUACACAAGACAUAGAUAAGUUAUCGACGUCACCAUCACCGUCCAGGUCAAGAACCGGAACUUUCGACAAAACAUCUAGCGCGGCCGCCGCCCUGACCACCGCAGCUGGGCCCAGUGAAGUCUUGGCCGUUCUCUGGCCUGCUUUUUACAUUGACUCCUGCACGGCAGAAGAAGAUACCUCCAUGAUUUCGCCAGGCUAUGGAGUGUGCGAGAGUCAGCUCAAGACAGCCAGGGAAGAGGAGGCGCAUUCGACUGGCACACAUCGCGCGGCCAGGCAGAGUCGAAGAUGCCGAGACAUGUCGUCCGCUGCCAAGAACCGAAGCCUGGGGAUCGCAGGAUAUGGAAUUGAUGAUGGUGAUGACCAACAAGACAGAGAGUUUGAGCAUGGUUGCGAGUCUACGCUUUCGUCGUUUCUAAAUGCAGGCCAGUCGGAGCUAAGCAAUGGGUCAAGGAGAGGUUGGUGA